CAGAGCGUGCUGCGGCAGUAUGGUUAGGGUUUAGUGCCGCGCCUUUUCCAAAUGCCUGCAAGAAGAAAGACUAGCAGAUAUGAGCUCAGAGGAGGAGUCAGAGUAUCAGACACCACCCACCUGCGAUCUGCUCAGCCUUCUGCUGAAGAACCGACACCCCACCGGAGCUGUCAAUGAGGUCUGGCCCAACCUCUUUGUCGGGGAUGCGGCUACGGCUCAGGAUAAAUCCCUGCUGGUGAAUCUUGAAAUAACCCAUGUGGUGAAUGCUGCAGAUGGCCAGCAGCGCAUUGACACCGGGCCACGUUUCUACAAAGACACCAACAUAUCGUAUUAUGGCAUAGAGGCACCAGAUUGUAAACAUUUUGACUUGAGCCCAUUCUUCGCUGAGACGGCUGAUUUCAUUCAUGAAGCGCUGAGUAACAAAGGUAAAGUUCUCGUCCACUGCGCCCGGGGAAUCAGCCGCUCGGCCACUCUCGUGCUGGCUUUCCUCAUGAUCAACGAGGGACUUAACCUUGUGCAGGCGGCUGAGGUUGUUCGCAGGAGCAGAAAUAUCCUUCCAAAUGUUGGAUUUCUGGAGCAGCUUCGUCACCUGGAUUCGACAUUGGCUUGGCAGAAGAAGAAGGACAUAAUAUUUUGAAAUUGGAGGCGAAGCAACCUUGCAGGCUGUCAAUGUCUUCCAGCAAAUUGUUGAAAAUGUAAUCACACAUUUGUGGACUUCAAAAAGCUACAGUACAUUAUAGUACGAGCUGUUAAUGUGCAGUUUCAAGACUCCAACACAAACCUGCAGGUUUGAUGCAGAAAAAAAAGAAAAGCCUGACUACCUAAAGUUUUGUUAUAACAUGAUCCUUUUAAGCAACACAAUGUAACUUUCAGCUUUUGCUGUCCUGUCCUAUCCUGUCCCCGUCACGUGCAUUUGUUUUGAGAGAAGACGGGACGGACUUUCAAAACUACUUUUCUGUUUCACCAAGUGAACAGACGGAACGUAAAAAAAAGAUGUUAAACUGCUGGAAAGGAACUGGAAUUUACCGGGAUACCUUAAACAAGGAAGCCAGGGAGCGGUAUAUGGAGAAAAUAAUAAUUAAAAAUAAUUAUUAACGGUUUGGAUCCAUAUGAAAUCCCUACUAAAGAAUGGAGCUCCUCGUCGGAGCUCCACUCUUUAGAAAGAUUUACUGCCGCAGUUCUGCACAACCGACGUCUUACUACCUUGUUUAGGAGUGUUUGGCAGCUGCUUUGGUAAAUGUUUGACUCGCCAUGUGUUUCAAUAAAUUUGUAUAAUAGUGCAACAUACAGUACAUGUUUUGUAUUACUCUUACUUUUUUCUUUUUUGUGUCCUAUAUUAUGCGGAAGAGGCUCCGAGGCAUGAGCAAUAUUUUUGUUUUCCUCGUGAGAUAAUUUUUUUCCUCUGCAGCUACAAAUAGAGUUAAUAUUUUUUCCUCAACAAACUAGUUUUAUCUGAAGAUUGGGGUUAAUCGCACCGCAGAGAGCUGGCCAGCAACUUUUAUCCUCCGAUAAAACUUUUAUUUUCUUCGGUUUUUUUCGCUGCUUCGGCCAAGAUACCAGCUUCUGCGGAGCUCUGCGCUCCAAGCCCCGCCCAUUUUCGUCUCGACUACGAAUCGGGAAGGAGGGGGAAGUGACGUAUGCCGUAAAGCAGUGAAAGCCGUAAAAAUUUGUAGUUUUUUAGUGUGGCAGGGUUCCUACCAUGCUCCUCAAAGUUACAUAGUGCCAGUGAAGGUGAUACAGACCCCUCAGACCAUGACAGAGGUUCAUUAAACCUGUUGGAAGUUGAUGUACCAUCACAAUGACUCUGGAAAUAUGAUAUUAAGGUGGACAAGUUACAUAGUGCUGCUUUAAAGUCUCCCGAAUGUAAAUCUCCCAACCUGGUAAAAAUUAACCAUGAUAAGAAUGUUUCAUUUAAAUGUCUAAAAAAUGUCAAA